AUGACAAUGACUACAAUACCAGAAAGUCUUAAUAGCCCUGUCACAGGAAAACCCGUUUUCAUGGAAUUUGGGCCACCGAGUCAACAAAUGUCGCCUUCCUCAAUGUCUCACGGACACUAUUCCAUGCACUGUUUACAUUCUGCUGGUCAUACUCAACACGAGAGCUCGUACAGUCCAGCCUCAUCUUUUCCUAGAUCUUUAGGUUAUCCAUACGUUAACUCCGUCGGCAGCCAUUCCUCAAGUCCAUAUCUCAGUACAGUGCAGUCGUACCAAAACAGCUCGGCACUAACACAGACACAGUUAGAAGAUACAGCACCAGAGACAGAGAAGAACACAGUUGUAGAAGGCGGAGAGGUGCGGUUCAAUGGGAAAGGGAAAAAGAUUCGCAAACCAAGGACUAUCUAUUCCAGUUUGCAGCUACAGACUCUAAACAGAAGAUUUCAACAAACUCAAUAUUUGGCACUGCCAGAGAGAGCCGAGCUGGCAGCUUCAAUGGGACUCACGCAAACACAGGUAAAGAUUUGGUUUCAAAAUAAGCGAUCGAAGUUCAAGAAACUGAUGAAGCAAGGUGGUGGAACAAUUGACAACAACACUUUAGCCCAGUUUAAUGGUCGCAUAUCUUCGACUGGCUCUCCGGUAGCACCGGUUUGGAGCUCACCGACCACGGUGAAAACAUCCGUGGGUACACCAGGGUCUUACAUUCCAAGUUACACCUCAUGGUAUCCAACUGCACACCAAGAGUCUAUGCAGCAACCGCAACUCAUGUGA